CUGCGCACACAAUGCUUGCCCAGUCAGACUCAAAGUAGGUGCGAUUCUUCAUUGGAACCUUGUGCCUGCCGUAGUGAGAAGCGCUUCAUAAAGCAAGAUCACAAAAUGAAUUUAAGGACGACUAUAGUGUCUGCCGCCGUGUUCGCGUUGCUGGCAAGUGCUGUCUCGUCGGAAGAAGUGGAGUGCUCUUUCCAUGACAAGCACCUGGAAAGCGCGAUAGAGAACUUUGUCGCCAAGCUGCCCACAGAGCGCAUUGUGACCGUGGACGAGGACAAGGAACGUCCGGCUCAAUUAAACUCGAGUCAGUUGAAAUUCAUUGGCCUGAAUUCCCUUCGACCUUUCGGGCCAUUUUUUACUUUCUGUCCGAACGGGACGAAAGUGGUGCAGUUCGACCUUGUCAACGCAAAGCCCCUGGUGCUGAUUGGACCAUUCAUCAAACCAAGUGGCACAGUACACGAAUUCGAGAGCAAGGCACUUCUUCUUAGGUUCACUGCGCAGUUCGAAGUCGAAGGAACCGGAGAGAACGUAAAGCUGCAUUCUACAGUCAACAUGCCAGUGUCCUUGGUGGGGCUGUCCUUCAGGCUCAAAGGGUUGGAUGAGAAAAGCGACGAAGUGGCGAAGAUUGGUGCUUCCCUUCAACCGCACUCUUUUCGUGACUUCUGGCAUGGCACGCUCUUCGUGGAACUUGAAACCCUCUUCGCUGAAAUUCUCGAGAAGAGUAAAUGAGAACGUGGCUGCUCAUGUGGUGAAACACGGUUACUAGGUAUAUAGAGAUCCCCGAACUCAGUUUCUUCUUUGUUCCCUACGUGACACAUAUAGAGUAUACAUUAUAAAAUUUCGCGUGCGCUAACUAAAUUUUGACGUUUCCUGAAUGAUAUCUUGGAAGUAAGAAUGUUACGUCCGGCUUGUAUUCUUUAUGGGGCUACUUUGCUUAGAAAAGCCGCCACUUGUAGCCCUAUGACGCAUAAAUGAUAGAACAAAAGCGUUCAAAAAGGAAAACUAAUAUGUAUUGCUCUGGCGCUAAACAUAUAUUUCACUGCUAGUUAGAUAUAUGAACAGCGCUUGUUACAAGAAAUGUUUUGGACAGCAUUUAGGUAACACAUCUUGUGUACGUUUUUUCUUUUCAAAUAAACAGACGCAUGAUUUCGCCUUGUACA